AUGCUGACCCUGGAGUGGGAGUCGGAAGGACUGCAAACAGUGGGUAUUGUUGUGAUUAUAUGUGCAUCUCUGAAGCUGCUCCAUUUGCUGGGACUGAUUGAUUUUUCGGAAGGUUUCCUCUACGCUCAGAACAGCACCAAGCGCAGCAUCAAAGAGCGGCUCAUGAAGCUCUUGCCCUGUUCAGCUGCCAAAACAUCGUCUCCUGCUGUUCAAAACAGCGUGGAGGAUGAGCUGGAGAUGGCCACCGUCAGGCAUCGGCCUGAGGCCCUUGAGCUGCUGGAAGCCCAGAGCAAGUUCACCAAGAAGGAGCUCCAGAUUCUUUACCGAGGAUUUAAGAAUGAAUGCCCCAGCGGUGUUGUUAAUGAAGAAACCUUCAAAGAGAUUUACUCACAGUUCUUUCCACAGGGAGACUCUACAACGUAUGCACAUUUUCUGUUCAAUGCGUUUGACACAGACCACAAUGGAGCUGUGAGUUUUGAGGAUUUCAUCAGGGGUCUUUCCAUUUUGCUCCGGGGGACAGUACAAGAAAAACUCAACUGGGCAUUUAAUUUGUAUGACAUAAACAAAGAUGGCUACAUCACUAAAGAAGAGAUGCUUGAUAUCAUGAAGGCGAUAUACGACAUGAUGGGUAAAUGCACAUAUCCUGUCCUCAAAGAAGACGCUCCCAGACAACAUGUGGAGACAUUUUUCCAGAAAAUGGACAAAAAUAAAGAUGGAGUUGUUACUAUAGAUGAGUUCAUCGAAAGUUGCCAAAAAGAUGAAAACAUAAUGCGCUCCAUGCAGCUCUUUGAAAAUGUGAUUUAACUUGUCAAAUACAUCCUCAGACAAAUGUGAAUGAUCCUACCACACAAGUGGGAGCUGCCACUUUUAGCAUAGACUGCUCAGCUUGACACUGAGGCAUAUUAUGCAAACCAGCUUUGUUUUCAUAUGAAGCAGUCCCCAAAAGAUUUGAGUUCUC